GUAAGAAAGAGGGAGAGAGAGAGAGACGGGCAUUUGGGUCCAAACUUUUUGCGCACACGUAUGGUCUGAAAUUUUGCCUUCAGUUUUUUAAUUUCACCUCCGGAGCUUAGCUGAUCAUGCGCAGCGAAGAGGACCGAUAAAAAGAAAAAGUAAAGGCGCGCUGGAUGUGACUCUCGUAAAUUAUGCGCCUGGCAGUGAUUUACUGACAGGGAAGUGUGCGCCUCCGGGCUGCUGCCAAUGUAUGGUUGAGCCUGGAAGACAGAAGGUCUGUGAUAUAUUCUGCUCGACGGGAACCGAUACACAGCCGUUGUGAUGGAUAGCCACAUGUUAAUAUGGAUGAUGAUGAUGAUGGUGGUGGUGGUGUGUUCGCAGAACUCCGCACCUGAAGGAGUGCUGAACUGCUGCGAGGGUGACGUCCUCUUUCUGCUGGACUCCUCAGGGAGCGUGACAUCCUAUGAGCACGCCCGCAUGCUCUCCUUCCUGUCGGAGCUCCUGCUCCCCUUUUCUCUGGGAAGGGAUCAAGUGAGAGUGGGGCUGCUGCAGGUGGGUACCAAGCCACGCCUGGAGUUCAGCUUCAACAGAUACAGUACCCAAAGUGGCCUCCAGGGGGCUUUGACAAACAUCCUACCCCUGAGGGGGGACACCAACACUGUGGAUGCUCUCAAAAUGGCCAAGGAGUGGGUGCUGCGCCCCGGGACGUCUGAUGGGGCGAGAAAAGGGCUGCCCAGAGUACUAGUGUGGUUGACUGAUGGGGUGAAGCCAGGGGACGUGAUUGGACCGAUGGCUGAGCUGCGGGAGGAGGGCGUGGCGUUGCUGGUGGUCUCAACAGGGCACAGUAAUUACAAGGUGCUGAGGGAGGUUGUGACCCCUCCUGUGGAAAACCACCUGCACUUUGUGGACAUUGACGACAUGGGCAUCAUAACCAAAGACCUGCGCGAUGCCAUCAUUGAGAUAAUCAAAGCUGAGCGCCUUCAUGUACGAGACGUGUCCACCAACUCGGCCUCUCUCCACUGGAGGCCCGUUCUGUCUGGUCUGACGGGCCACUACGAGAUUCGCUUUGGUGAAGUUUCAACUGGAGGCAGUGGUGGCGGCGGCGGAUCAGGGACCAGUCCGAGCACCGGUGGAAACCAGUACCAGAGACUGAUCCAGUCCACGCAGCUGAAUAGCCUCAGACUGACUGACCUAAAGCCAGACACCACCUAUUCUGUCAGCCUGAUUCCAGAGUCUAACGAAAUAACAUUUAACACACUCUCCACCACCUUCACAACAAAGCCAGUGGUUGAGAGUCCAGCUGUUGUAACAAUUUCUGAGUCUGGGGAGACCAGUGUUCGGGUGAGCUGGGGCCCUCUUCAACCAGACACUGUCACGAGUUACUACAUUGAGUACUCCACCCUGCCCAGGGGCAAUCUCCAGACCGUCACAGUGGGCCGAACACAGAACUCCACCCUGCUGAGAAACCUCCAGCCAGGGACAACAUACCUGGUCACAGUGACUGCCCGGCAUGCCUCAGGAAAGCAGAAAUCGAUGUCAGUUAAAGUUUGCACACAAGAAGUGACUCCAGCCCUGGAUGACCUCCAGCUCACCACCGUGGGAAGUGCUUCAGUGCAGGUGGACUGGAGGGGCAGCACAGCUGGUCUGAGGGGCUACUGGCUCACCUGGGAGGGGCAGCAAAGCUCAGCCACCAACCAACGCUCCUCCCUUUACCUUCCACCCGAUUCUCUGUCGACGCGCCUCACACACCUCCCCCCUUAUGCCAGAGUUUGUGUGUCUCCCAUUUAUCGAACGGCAAGGGGGGAUGGACUGUGUUGCACAGCACAGUUUCACUCAGAUGCUUGGGGAUACGGCUUCCAGUCGUAGCAGCCUUGCGUCAAACGUGCACCUUACCAAAGAAAGAGGGAGGAUAAUGGGAAAGAAUGCUGACUGCCUUCCAUAAUUCUUCAAAGUACCUCUCCCCCUCUGUGGACAUGAUCCAGAAGAGAUGUGAUUUGGCUCAUGGAGCAGGCACUUCAUAAACCUGCCGCACAUACUGACUGCAAAACAUCUCAAAUUCAAAGAAAAGUAUUAUCUGUCUUUAUUACUGUCCGAUCUGUUUGUCACCCGUAGAUUAUCUAAAUUUCUUUGAUCAAAUGACCCAAGCUAGCAAUGUGGAAUAUUUCAGCGGCCUGUUUUUGAAGACCCAGAGCAGGGGAGGCUGGGAAUGCUGAUGGCUUCUCUGGGAUGUUUUGCAGAAGAGCUUUACAACAUAUGCACACCAUGUGUCCAAAUCUGCAUUUUCUUUUAUAACUCUUAACACCAUGGGAACAUCUGAUACACAUUUACUACAAAUAAUGUUGUACUUAAAUCACUUUUCUUGCUCAACACAUGCUUUAAGACUUUCAUUGAAUGCUUGUAUGUACUCUGGGGAGUGCAGCAGGGUCACGUAAAAGUGAAGUUCUGAAUAACAGAAUCUUUUGCAUUGCUUUGAGCUUUAAACACAAAACAUUCACACACUCUGGAACCAGACAGAUGCAGCAUAUGAAACAGAUGUGUGCAACUAAAAGUCACAUUGAGUUGCUGUCUAUAUAUUGGUCUAUAAUUCAUAUUUAUUUAUCGAGAACCUUAUAGGAACUAACAACUUUGAGUCUAUAUGGAGCUUCAGUUUAUGUUUUUUGACUGUUACUGUUUUACAGCUUGUGUUUGCUGCCCCCUACUGUAAAGUCGUGUACUGGCUUUCUGCAGAUUUUUCCCUACAUUUAUUUUUUUGUUGUUUUCCAUUUAAAACCUCAUACAAGGUUUCAAUAAACUUACUUAAAACAUG